AUGUUCUUAUAUAUUAAAUACGUAAAUAUCUCCUAACUCAGGAGCAGGAGUUCUUUAAGCAUAAAAUGGCUUACUCAUAAAUGUUUUCUUAUUCCAAUGAGCCAAAAGUGUUUAUUCGUAAGAUAGUUACUUUACUGAUUGAGAACUUUUGGUCACGUGUUUCAAAAUUUACAUUUAAAUGACAUUAAUGUUUUGUAAGGUCAAUUAGCGGUCAGUUAUAGUGAAAACAGUUGGAUUUGAGUUACUGCAGCGAUUUUUAUAUUAAUUUUCUGAAUAAAUAUAAUCUCAUUGAAAAUGUUUUCUAAACUUGCUCAUCCUAAGGUUGCUUUGCAAUACAUUCGCAAUGCUAGUACUAAGCCGCAGUUGAACGAAGUUUUUAUCGUUUCUGCGACUAGGACUCCAAUUGGAUCUUUCAGAGGAACGUUGUCAUCUUUAUCGGCUACACAACUAGGAGCUGUUGCCAUUGAAAGUGCAGUUGAAAGAGCCGGUGUUGCUAAAGAAGAUAUUAAAGAAGUUUAUAUGGGAAAUGUUUGUUCUGCAGGUUUGGGUCAAGCACCUGCAAGACAAGCAACAAUUUUUGCUGGUUUACCACAAUCAACAAUAUGCACAACUGUGAAUAAAGUAUGUUCCUCUGGAAUGAAGUCAAUCAUGUUGGCUUCGCAAGGUUUAAUGUGUGGGCAUCAAACUGUUGCUAUUGCUGGUGGUAUGGAAUCUAUGUCGAAUGUUCCUUACUAUAUGAAUAGAGGUGAUACCCCUUAUGGCGGUGUGAAAAUGCAGGAUGGUAUUGUGUCUGAUGGACUUACUGAUGUUUAUAAUAAAUUUCACAUGGGAAACUGUGCUGAGAAUACAGCAAAGAAAUUAGGUAUUGAUCGCAAAGCUCAAGACGAAUAUGCAAUUCAAAGUUAUAAACGUAGUGCAGCGGCUUGGGAUGCUAAAGUUUUUGAUGCUGAAAUAGUUCCUGUUAAAGUUCCUCAAAGGAAGGGAAAACCAGACCUGGUAGUAGCAACUGAUGAGGAAUAUAAAAGAGUCAACUUCGACAAAUUUGGAAAUUUAGCUACAGUUUUUCAAAAAGAAGGUGGCACUGUUACAGCAGGUAAUGCUUCAACUUUAAAUGAUGGUGCUGCUGCCAUGGUUUUAAUGACUGAGGAUGAAUUGAAACGUUUAAAUGUCAAGCCUCUAGCAAAGAUUGUUGGUUUUCAAGAUGCUGAAACCGAUCCAAUUGAUUUUCCAAUUGCACCUGCUUUAGCCAUUCGAAAGUUAUUGGAAAGAUUUGGUGUAAACAAAAAUGAUGUUGCACUCUGGGAGAUCAAUGAAGCUUUCAGUGUAGUAGUAUUAGCUAACCAGAAAAUGUUAGAUGUCGAUCCAGCAAAAGUCAAUGUACAUGGAGGUGCUGUUAGUUUAGGACAUCCAAUUGGAAUGUCUGGUAAUAGAAUUGCAGUUCAUUUAGUACACAAUUUGAAACCUGGUCAAUUUGGAGUUGCCGGAAUUUGUAAUGGUGGAGGUGGCGCAUCAACUAUUCUGUUGCAAAAAUUAAAUCAUUCGCCAAUAUCCCGGCCACCAACAUUAACAUUGUACACCAGACAUCCUUGUCCAAUGUGCGAUGACCUCAAGUACGAACUGGAAGAAUAUUUUAAAGGACGAUACAAUUUGGUAGAAGUCGAUAUCGCCCACAAAGAAAAUUUGAGGUGGUUGCGAUUAUAUCGAUACGAAAUUCCAGUCCUGUUUCUGGAAGGCCAAUAUUUAUGCAAACACCGAUUGGAUAAGGAUCAAUUGGAAAAAAGGCUACGAGAGUUAGAGAAUUUAGAGUAAUAAAUUUAUUGAGUUUAUAAUGCUGGAUGAGAUAAGACUGAUUAAUUAAUUUU